AUGGACAAAAGAAAAAAUUCUUUCUCUUCAGACGAAAGUGAUGACGAAGUAUAAGAAAUAGAAGUCCGUAAAGUUAAUAAAUAAAUUCAAAGGGUUAGUGUUUCUGCUGAGGCUUAUGGUUUGUUCAAUAAAAGAGAAAAUUUUCAGCCAAGAGUUAUUGCAAAACCUCAAGAAACAGUUGAAAAUAUCAAAAAACGUCUCUAAGGAGUCUUCAUGUUUAGUGCUUUAGAAGAAAACGAAAGAAAUAUUGUAGUGAAUGCGAUGGAAGAAGUUCGUUUUAAGGCAGGUGAUUAAGUUAUAAAUCAGGGAGAAGAAGGUAACUUGCUUUAUGUUGUAGAAUCAGGUGAAUUAGAUUGCUUUAAGAAGUACUUUGAUAAACCUGAACCAACUUAUCUUAAGACUUACUAACCUGGAGAGUAUUUUGGUGAGCUUGCCCUUCUAUAUAAUGCCCCUAGAGCUGCUUCUAUUAAGGCUAAGACUGAUGUAGUUUUAUAUGGUCUCGAUAGAGAAACUUUUAAUCAUAUAGUGAAGGAUGCAUCAAUGAAAAGAAGAGCUCUUUAUGAGGAUUUCUUUAAAACUUUUGAAUUAUUGAAAACAAUCGAUGAUCCUUAUGAAAAAACUAAGCUAGCAGAUGCAGUAGAAGUUCAUGAUUUCUAAAAGAAUGAAGUUAUUGUUUAACAAGGUAGCAAUAACACGAAUAUUUAUAUAGUUUAUUAAGGUGAAGUUGUAGCAAAGUAAAAUGAUAAAGAAUUAUUUAAAUAUGAAAGUGGGCACUAUUUUGGUGAAAUUCCUGUGCUGACUUAAAAGCCAUAACCCUUCUCAUUUGUUUCAAAUGCUGAAAAAACUAGCGUACUUAUUGUUGGAGAAAGAGAUUAUAGAAAUACAUUAGUUGUAGUUGAAGAUAAGUUAAAAAAAGGACUUGAAAAAUAUAGUGCCUUCUAAUGA